CUCAAACUCUCUCUCUCUCUCUGUCAGUUGUCUCAAAGACAAAGACGGCAGUCACCUGGAGCAGCGACCUCUUCGGCGUCUCCUUGCUGCUGCUGCUGCUGCUGCUUGCUGUUGACCCGAGCUGAGCGCGUUCGACUGGAUCACUGCGUGAUAGCCCUGCUUUCCCUCGACGCUUCCGCGUGGGAGAGGUCCGUCCCACGCUCAUCUUGUGACGUUUUUAAGACACACCAUUCAUCAUGCGCGAGUACAAGAUUGUCGUCUUGGGCAGCGGUGGUGUCGGCAAAUCAGCCCUGACCGUUCAGUUUGUGCAGGGCAUCUUCGUUGAGAAGUAUGAUCCCACCAUCGAAGACUCGUAUCGCAAUCAGGUCGAGGUCGAUGGACAGCAAUGUAUGCUUGAAAUCCUGGAUACCGCUGGCACGGAACAGUUCACUGCCAUGCGAGACCUGUACAUGAAAAAUGGCCAGGGCUUUGUUCUGGUCUACUCCAUCACCGCUCAGAGUACCUUCAACGACCUUACAGACCUGCGGGAACAGAUUCUUCGUGUCAAGGACACGGAUGACGUGCCGCUUGUGCUCGUUGGCAACAAGUGCGAUCUCGAAGAUGAACGCGUUGUUGGUAAGGACAAGGGCCAGGGCUUAGCAAAGGUGUUCAACAACUGCACCUUCCUCGAGGCCUCGGCCAAGAACAAGAUCAACGUCAAGGAGAUCUUCUAUGACCUGGUGCGACAGAUUAACCGCAAGAAUCCUGAUGGCCCCAAGCGGACAAAAUCCAAGUCGGGCUGUGUCCUUCUCUAGAUUUGCUUUGUGAUCAAGCACGAGCCUUCCCCCGGGGAUAUAUCUCUUUGUCUCCAAAAGGCUCGGCCACCGCCUCAACUAAUCGUGACUUUGUUGUUCUCAAUUCUUUCCGCACCCCGUGCCUUCUCGUCUAUAAGGGCUUCUUGAUUUGUCGUUGUGGUUCUGAUUGUCCCUCCUGUUGCCGUCCAUCCUUUGGCCUCUCCUUCCAUUUGCACUCAGCCCAGCCCACCGAAGCCCCGCUCAGACGGGAUUCACGCUGGCUCU